AUGUCUGCCAAGCUUGAAGAAAAGUGCUACUUCGAGACAUUUGCAGCCCCCAGCUGGCUCCCUGGUGGCAAGAUAUUCUGGUAUCGUCGCGCCACAGCCAAGGACAAGUUCGAGUUUGCCCUCGUCGAUAUUGACCGACAGUCAGUCCGGCCAGCUUUUCACCACAAUGACCUGGCCAAGCAGCUAGAAAAGCAUGCAGGGAGCUCCAUCGACUCGGACAAUCUGCCCUUCACUUGGAUUGAGAUGGAAGAUGGCCUUGUGCGUUUCCGUUUGCAAAAGCAAAUGUGGGAGUACAAUAUCGAGGAGGAUCUACUACGCACAUGGAAGGGUCAGUUCUCACAGGGGAAUCCUGCACUGGCGUACGGGGGUGCGCCGACCAGCCACCAGCCUGGACGACGGAGAGUUGCUGUGAGUUUCACCAACAAUACAAGGUCAGGCCUCGACAUGUACGCUGUCAAGCCGAGUGGAGAAACAGCAUUGUACCUCGAUAUCAGCCAAGGCCAGACACUCCUGCAGAGAUCGGGCGUCGGUGCCGUGUGGAAGUUUGUUGGCAGCGGAAGCAGAGUCAAGGGUGUGUAUUGCGUACCCGACGUGCAGCACGAUGCUGUUGUUCUCGACGAUACCAACAUUGACGAAUACAUGGGAACCUGCGACUCUGACCUGCCUGAAGGCUGGGAGGAACGUGUAACUGACACGGGUCGCGUUUACUAUCUCGAUCAUAACACGAAAUCUGCGAGUUGGCGUCUUCCUCUCCGUAUUCUUCCAACCUUCAGUCCCAACCAACAAGGGAAUUCACCCCAAUUCGAGACAGAGAGUGACGAUUCUACUCAGUCUCGAUGCAGUCAAGUGGCAGAGGUGGAGAAGAGCGGCGAUGACGAAACGACGCUAUUUGUUCGUCAAUAUAAUGUGUGGAUGAAAUCGUCAAGAGAAGAGCGUGAGCUGUCCAGCGACGGCAGUUCAGAGUCACCUUAUGCUCCAAACACUAUACGUAUUUCACCUAACAAGCAGUCGGCAAUUGUGUGGCAAUGUAUGGCCGCCGAAGACAUGAGUAUCUCGUACAACAUAGACUAUACACCAGACAAUCAGUUCCUGCCCAAGCUCAUUCAGACAUCAACACAACUUCCUGGGGAUCCCAUACGGGUCGACCGUCCCCGACUGUUCAGCCUCGGUACCCAGAGUGAGAUUUCUACGACUGAUGACCUCUUUUCCAAUCCCUUUUCCAUCCAUGACCUGGGCUGGAGUCGCAAAGGAGACGAGUACCACUUUUUGUUUAUCAAGCGCGGCCUCCAGUGUAGGAGAAUCCUCGGGAUCAACUGCACCGGAUCUGUCCGUGUUUUGCACGAGGAGAAUAGCUCUACAUUCCUUGACUUAAAUAAGCUAUGCUACCACACACUCAGCCGUUCUGACAGAAUAAUUUGGGCCAGCGAGGAAGAUGGAUAUAACCACCUCUACCUCAUCGACAUGACUGCAGGCCACGUACAAAAUCAGAUUACAAAAGGCCGCUGGAACUUUAGAUCGAUUGAGCAUAUCGAUGAAGUUACGGAGCAUAUUUGGCUCUCUGCCUAUGGGUACUGGGAGGAAGAGGACCCAUAUCAUGUCCAUCUUGUACGUGCCAAAUUCGACGGCACUGAGUGCAUUUCUCUAACCAAAGGCGAUGGUACACACAACUGGAGCUAUCCUUGGUCCGCCAACGACCGGCAUUAUUUUGUAGAUACAUGGUCACGAAUCGAUCUUCCGCCGCAAACUGUCGUGCGUUGUUUUCGGACCGGAAAGCUGCAAUUCAGCCUAUCUACAACUAGUCCAUUGGAACUCUUGAAUCGUGGAUGGGACCCGGCGGAGAGAUUCGUGGCCCUGGGACGAGAUGGGAAAACCAAGAUAUAUGGGCUGAUCAUCCGACCACCAAACUUUAGUGUUGAUAAAAGAUACCCAGUACUGGAGACUAUAUAUGCAGGGCCGCAAGACUUCUACACGGUCAAGAGCUUUAGUCGCAUCUCAGGCCAACGGCAAUGGUCGAAUGAUGGAUAUGUGGUUGUUCAGAUUGACGGCAUGGGGACAAACUGGCGGUCCAAGGCGUUUCAUGACAUCUGCUACAAGAACCUCAAGGACGCGGGUCUUCCGGAUCGUAUAAUAUGGAUGCAAGCGGCAGCAAAAACACGACCUUGGAUGGAUCUCUCUCGCGUUGGCAUUAUUGGUUCUUCAGCUGGCGGCCAAAACGCGGUGUCCGCAUUGUUACAUCACGGUCACUUCUACAAAGUGGCAGUGGCUGAUUCGGGAUGCCACGAUAAUCGCCUUGACAACAUGGACUGGAGUGAACAAUGGUUGGGAUACCCAGUUGAUCAGGCGUACGCCGAUAACUCCAAUAUUACGCACGCGGCCAACCUUCAGGAGGACGGGAGGCUGCUGUUGAUGGCUGGUGGCUUGGAUACAGUUGUUAAUCCCGCAUCCACUAUGCGUCUGGCCACCGAGUUCAAUAGACAUGGAAAGGAAUACGAGUUGCUCUUCAUCCCUGAUGGCGGCCAUAACUGCGGCUCAGGUUCUGGAAGGAAAAGGGUAGCAAGUUUUUUAAGAAAGCAUCUGGAACCCUAG